UUUAACUUGGUACUUGGCUUGUGGAAUGCUCCUGCAUUUAAUUUUCAGUAAAAGUGCGAACGGAGAGUUUUAUUCUUCCGUGGAUAGUUUACAGGAUCUGGCUAAAGUGGAGGAGUACCUGAUAAAUGCCACUCAUUUGUAUCUGGAGGCACAGCAGGAAAAAUUAGACAUUUACAGGCGGUUUGUAGAACAAAUCAAACAGGAACAGGAACAGGCCAGGUUUUUAAAUAAUUUGGACGACUACCUAGGACAUCCGCUGCACUCUUUCAGAUUUUUAAAGCGUUUAACUUACGAUUGGGAUUGGCUUGUCUUUGGUCCCAUUGUCGACAAUAAACCAAAAGAAGAGUUUGAGAAUUCUGUCAAUGGUUUAAUUGAAAACUGGGGCUAUCCCAAUAGCUCGGAGGUUCAAGGAGUUGUUAAAGGAGUGGCUAGACUCCAAAAGGUUUAUAAUCUCACCGCUUCAGAUCUAGCGGAUGGAAUCAUAAAUGGCUUACUCUACGAAACACAACUGGAUUGGAGGGAUUGCUAUGAAAUUGGAGUUCAGCUUUUUGAAAUCGGAGAUUAUUUAACAUCUGAAGAGUGGCUGGAGGAAGCCUUGGUUCUAAUAGAGGAAAACCUAGAACAGGAACACGGAGCUGUGUAUAAAUCCGAUAUUAGGGAAUACUUGGAAUUAGUUAAUUUUGAGUUGGGCUACACCAAAAGAUCUAAAAGCUUAUUGAACGAAAGUUCCGCUCAGCUAACUCUUAAAUUCUUGGAAAAUUCAAAACGAAAGGAGAUUCUGGCACAGGAUGAUUUCCCUUGGUUUGCCAAUUAUUCAAGACUUUGUCAGGGUAAUCGAUUGCUAGAAAAAAAUGACAACAUCCUUAAUUGCUAUUUGGAUGGAGAACGACAAGCUUUCUUCAUUCUGGCUCCAUUGAAAGUGGAGCAAGUCCAUCUGGAUCCCGAAAUUAACGUUUACCAUGGACUGCUAAGCACCCAACAAAUUUCCUCCAUUUUCGCCGAGUCCAAUAAAAAGGAAAGGAUUCGGUCAGGGGUAGCUGGUGAAAAUGGAGAAGAUAGAACCGUUAAGGACAUUCGUGUUAGCCAGCAGACUUGGCUGAACUAUUCAACCCCAAUUAUGAAAUAUGUGAGCAGGAUUAACGAGUACAUUUCCGGCCUUACAAUGCAAGGAGCUGAAGAAAUGCAGGUGGCCAAUUAUGGAGUCGGUGGUCAAUACGAGCCUCACCCUGAUUAUUUUGAAUUUAAUUUGCCUUCAGACUUUGAAGGCGAUCGCAUUUCCACCAGCAUGUUCUAUCUUUCCGAUGUUCAACAAGGUGGCUAUACAGUAUUUCCCAACCUAAAUGUAUUUCUGCCUCCAGUCAAAGGCUCCAUGGUGUUGUGGCAUAACCUUCAUUAUUCGUUGGAUGUAGAUGCCAGGACAUGGCAUGCCGGAUGUCCCGUCAUAGUGGGUUCCAAAAAGAUUGGCAACAUCUGGAUGCACUCGGGCUUCCAAACCUUCCGUCGACCAUGUCAUCCAAUCUCAGAUAGUCAUAAAUCACUGGCUUAUCAUAAUUAAUAUUCUCUCUUACUUUUAAUAAAUUAAAAUCUUAUUUUUAUAAAUGGUCAUAAGUUGUAGAC